UAGCCAGUAGUUGUUUAUAUAUUGCAUUUCGCGACACACGACUUAACUUAUGUACUGCUAUUGAUUGAAUAUUCUAAAAAAAGUAAUUUUCGAUUCGUUUAUGCUUGGUGGCACUGCGUUAUUAUUCUAAGGGUGGCACUAUCAAAAAAAACCUACUGUCACCUGUCAGUCAGAUGUCAUGUUGAAAAGUAAGGUUAUGUUGCACCCAUAGAGGGCAUUAUAAAAUAUUCCGAUUUAAAUUUCUUAAAGAAAAUUACACCAGUUUAGAACCUUUUUGUGUAAUAAACUAUGGCAUUAACAGCCAAUAUUCGGUCGUUAAUACAAAGAAUCGUUUUAUCAGAUGUUAGAACGUGUGCAAGAUUCUACAGUGAGCAAGCAGAAGGGACCGCAGACGUUGAGAAAGCUAUAGAUCCAACAAAGGAUAGAACUAAAGUAAUACCUGUAGAAACUAGUAUCAGGUAUUUGAAUAGCAAAGCGUAUCAGCAGACAUACGGCGAAAAAGUUGUAUGGUCGUCUUACCGUCGUAAUCACAAAGGCGGUUUUGCACCUCGGAAAACAAGGCAGUCUUGUGUCAGAAACGGAAUUAUUUCGACAGGAAAUCCAUGCCCUAUUUGCCGAGAUGAAUAUUUGGUGCUGGACCACAGAAAUACAAAGUUACUUGAACAAUUCAUUUCAAAAUACACUGGCCAAAUAUUGGAUGCUUUUGAUACUGGACUUUGCCAAAAGAAACAGAAAGAGCUACUAGUGGCUAUAGAACGAGCUUGGGACCAGGGUCUGCUUACCUAUGAUGUACCAUUCAGAUAUUAUGAUUACUCCUUAUACUCUAAAUAAAAUAGUAACUAAAAA